GUCCGGCCAGCAGACGAACACCGCUCGGCCCCAUGGUGUGACAGGGGACGGUGGACCUGCAGUCGCGAUGGAGGACAAAGCGCUGGCACUCUUCCACCACCCGGUCAAGCUCCUCUGGCCCAAGUCCAAGUCCUUCGACUAUCUGUACAGUGUUGGGGAGAAGCUGCUUGAGAACUUCCCCGUGCAGGCCACCCUCAGCCUCUAUGACGACUCGGACAGCGAGGAGGAGGAGGAAGAAGAGGAGGAAGAAGAGGAGGAGGAAGCCAAGGCCGAGGAGGCCGCGCGCUCCCGCGAGGCAGGCGGGCCGCGGCGGGCAGCCAGCGCGGCCCACCCGGCGUGA